AUGACUCCAGUACCUCCUGUUAAGGUUGCUGUCCGUGCGCCCUCUCGCCCCACUGUAUCCCCAUGGUGCCGUGCGCCUUCCGGCUACGGGGCCGUGACCCCGCCCCUUCCGGUGCGUGCCCGAACAUGGCGCAGGGGACAGCGCAAGUUCCAGGCGCAGAAGCCAGCCAAGAGCAAAAGUGCAGCGGCGACCUCGGAGCGGAACCGGGGACCGAGGAAAGGCGGUCGUGUUAUCGCCCCCAAGAAGGCGCGCGUAGUGCAGCAGCAGAAGCUCAAAAAGGACCUGGAGGUUGGGAUCCGGAAGCAGAUCGAACACGACGUGAUGAUGAAAGCGAGCUCCAGUCUACCCAAGAGGCUGACGCUGCUGAAAGCCCCAGCCAAGAAGAGCGGGACCCCGCCUCCUCCAAGAAGACCGUCCUGAGGCCCCAGCUCCGGUGACACAGAACUGAGUGGUGGGCCUGCGCCCUGAGCAGGCGAUGAGCAGAUCCGCGUGCAGGUUGGCCUCCCAGGGUGCCAAGGAAGGGGCGUGUCCACUGCCUCUGUCCCUCCCCUGGGUCCUGUCCCUACUGCUUUCGCCCAGAACAAUAAAUCUGGCUUGUCCUCCUGCUA